UUAGCCGCUUCUCGCUUUAUCCUUGCUCCGGAGUCCUCUCGCAUAUUUUCUCAUGGAAACCCCUUAUCCAACUGUCGAGAACCUCACCCCCACUCUUCCCACCGGCGACUCUACUGAACCUCACAGCGCUCUGUUCCUCGUCCUUGGCUAUCUCCGGCUGCCAGAGCUCCUCGCAUUUCGGCAAGUGUGCAGGGCUUUCAGGGAUGAGAUCGCCGCCGACGAGACGCUGUGGCGCCACAUCACCGUCGAGCCACCGCUAAGCCUCCGGCUCUGUGACGAAAAACUUUUGUGGAUUACAUCCUUUGCGAGGGGAAAUUUGAAGUCGUUAGCGUUGACGCGUUGCUGGCGGAUCACUGACACCGGUCUGCUGCAAGUUGUUGAUCAAAACCCUUACAUUACGAAGUUGUAAUCUCUUGGAACCCUA